AUGGAUGAUGAUAAAGUAUCAUUCAUUGGAUUCGUUGAAAGGGAUGGAUUUGAUAAAGAUCAAAAACUCAAAAGUGAUUUAUAUCCUUCCGACGAAAAUGGACUUUCAUUUCUAGAAUUAUGUUGCUAUUAUGGAUCUGUUGAUUGUUUUAAAUUCUUGAUCACAAAACUCAAUCCUGAAAUAACACCAAAAUGCCUUGUAUUUUCAUUUUUAGGAGGAAAUCAAGACAUCAUCAGCGAAUGUUUGAAAGUACAAAUACCAGAUGAAAUUUGCAUGGAAUUUGCAAUUACUUCUCAUAAUAUUGACUUUAUUUCGUUUUUGAUGAACGAACACAACAUAGAGAUCAAUUUAAAUGAUUGUGCUGAUCGUUGUAAUCUUCAUGCAUUUUUGAUUUAUUUGGAUCAAACUAAUGAUGUUGAUUCAUGCCUUGCUUGUUCAUAUGCUUUUAAUAUUUCAUCUCUUUGUGAAUAUUUAAUUAAACAUGGUGCAAAUGUCAAUGCUAAAUAUGCAAAUAAAACUGCUCUUCAUUAUGCAGUAAUUUUCAGCAAUAAAGAAGUAAUAGAACUUCUGAUUUCACACGGUGCAAAUGCUAAUGCCAAAGAUGAUAAAAAAUACACUCCUCUUCAUUAUGCUGUAGGAAAUAACCAUAAAGAAAUAGUUGAAUAUCUUAUUUAUCAUAAUGCAGAUGCUAAUAUUAAAGAUAAACGUGGAUUUACUCCUCUUGAUUAUGCAGCGAUGAAUAACAAUUAUGAAGCGGCAGACGCUCUUAUUAGUCAUGGUGCCAGUUUCGUUUCUAAAUAUAGUAAUAAGAACAUUCCUCUUCAUUAUGCAGCAAUAAAUAACAGUAAAGAAACAGCGGAGCUUUUUCUUUCACAUGGUGCACUUGCCAAUGCUAAAAAUUACGAUGAAAAAACUCCACUUCAUUUUGCAGCAAAGUGGAAUAGUAAAGAAACAGCAGAACUUCUUAUUUCGUAUGGUGCACCUGUUAAUUCUACAGAUUAUAAUGAAAAUACUCCUCUUCAUUUUGCAGCAAUAAAUAACAGCAAAGAAACAAUGGAACUUCUUAUUUCACAUAAUGCAGAUGUCAAUGCUAAAGAUAGAAACAAAGAUACUGCUCUUCAUUUUGCAGCUGAGAAAAACUUUAAAGAAAUAGCAGAUAUACUUAUUUCACACGGUGCGGAUGUUAAUGCUACAAAUGAUAAAAAACAAACCCCUCUUCAUAUAGCAUUAUCUAAUAACAGUAAUGAAACAGCAGAAGUUCUAAUUUCGCAUGGUGCAGAUGUCAAAGCUAUGGAUGACAAUGAAAUUACUCCAUUGCAUCUUGCAGUAGAUAAUAACAACAAAAAAGCUGUAGAAGACAUUAUUUCACAUGGUGCUGAUGUUAAUGCUUUAGAUAGAGACAAAGAAACUCCGCUUCAUAAGGCUGCAAGAAAAAACAAUAUUGAAAUAUCAGAAAUUUUUCUUCUGCAUAAUGCAGAUAUCAAUGCUAAAAAUGUAAAUAAUUUCACAGCACUUCAUAUUGCUGCAUCAUACAGCAGUAAAGAAACAUCAGAUGUUCUUAUUGCGCAUGGUGCAGAUGUUAAUGUAAAAGAUAAGAAUGGAAACACUCCUCUUCAUUAUGCUGCAAAUAAAAAUAGUAAAGAAAUUGCACAAAAUCUGAUCUCUCAUGGUUCAGACGUCAAUGCUAAAAAUGAUAAAGAAAAUACACCUCUUCAUUUGGCAUCUGCAUCCAAUGGUAAAGAAAUUGCAGAGCUUCUUCUGUUACAUGGCGCUGAUGUCAAUGCAAAAGAUGAGAAAGAGAACACUCCUCUUCGUGUUGCGUCACGAAAUAAAAGUAAAGAAACAGCAGAAGUUCUUAUUUCACAUGGUGCAGAUCCUAAUGAUAUGAAAUCAAAUUGCAAAAUCAUAUGA